AUGGAGCAACUACUUACGCCAAUCAAUAAGCUGAAGGAACCCCUGCAGAUAGGGCCCCUGAAGCUUCGUAACCGGUUUGGAAUGUCCUCGAUCUCUCGGAAUAGGUCCGACAACACAUAUCCCAACGAGCUCAAUGGGGAAUACUUCUACCAGCGAGCGCUGGGAGGCGCCGGCUUCAUCUGUGCAGGAGGUGCCCUUAUUGAGCCCCAGGGAACUCCGAUGCGAGAAACCCCUCAGAUCAACACGCGUGAGCACAUGCUUGCGUGGAAGAAGGUCGUCGAUAAAGUGCAUACCGUGCCUGGGUCGGUUUUUUUCUGUCAACUCUGGCAUUGUGGGCGAAUGACUUAUGCAGACUCCACAAUCCAAAAGGCAUAUGGCAAGCCAACAAUUGCGCCCAGCGCAGUUCAGGCUCGCAUGGGCAUCGCACCCGACAAUGACGGAGUGUACGACAUAGAGCCAGGAAUGGAACACGGCUACUCGGUGCCGACAGCCAUCGAGGACCCAAAAACGGUGGUAGAGCAAUUCCGUCAAUCCGCCAUCUUUGCCAAAGAAGCUGGAUUCGAUGGGGUUGAGCUGCACGGCGCAAACGGCUACCUUGUGUCACAGUUCCUUGACGACAGUGCCAAUAUCCGGACAGACCAAUAUGGUGGUUCGGUCGAAAAUCGAGCAAGAUUCGCUCUGGAGUGCAUUGAUGCUCUGGUUGAGGUGUGGGGACCCCACCGCGUAGGCAUCAAGCUGUCUCCAGCUGUCGGUCGAGGUGACCUGGGCAUGUUUCCGGUGGAGAGACAGAUUGAACAAUUCACCUACCUUAUCAAGGAGCUCGACAAACGUCCUUUGGCUUAUAUCAACCUGGUCAGAUACCUUGAAUGGAUGGACAUGGAAGUCGACGGAAAGAUGCGUGGCCCCGUACAUCCGGUGUGGGCGACUUAUCGCUAUUUGAUCAAAAACGCAAAGGUGUUCUUGAACGGCGCCAUCUCUUUGGUCGAAGCCGAAGAGCUUCUCAAAGACUAUACCGGGGACGUGAUUAUCUUUGGUCGCCCGUGGCUUGUCAAUCCAGACUUUGCCAACGCAGCCAUGGCUGGUAAAGAGAAAGAACUCACCUUCGACUAUAACUUUGACUACUUUGCGCAGUAUCCCCCCGGAGACCAAGCUAGGGGAUAUACCGACUAUCCUUUCUUAGCCACGGAGAAUGGAGCUCCGCAGCUGGGGUCGAAGAUUUGA